AUGUUGGCACGUGUGUAUGAGAUGAGGAAUGAGCUUACGCUAUUUCUGGAAGCUCAGGAAAAAUACGAUCUUCUCCUUUAUUUCAAAUCAGAUGAAUUUGUGCUGGUCAUGGCCUACCUUGUGGACAUUUUUGAAUCUCUGAAUAAAUUAAAUCUACUAUUACAAGGCAGAGAAACUAAUCGAAUAACUGACUACGGUUUCAUUCGUGCUUACAUAGCGAAGCUUGAAUUAUGGUAUCGCCGAGCUCAACAAGGAAACGCGGCCUCAUUCCCCAAUCUCGAUACUGCUCUUGACGAAAAACAAAUCAAGCUUGAUGGAUCAAGUUCAAUUGAAGAAGACAUGCUCCUUUGCAAACCUCUCGAGACGACCUCUAAAGCUGAAGAUGUAUUCAAACUUGUUGCUGAAUUUUUUGAAAAUAAUGAAUUGAAAUGGGAUAAACUUGUAGGUGUCUGCACUGACGGCAGAGAAACUAAUCGAAUAACUGACUACGGUUUCAUUCGUGCUUACAUAGCGAAGCUUGAAUUAUGGUAUCGCCGAGCUCAACAAGGAAACGCGGCCUCAUUCCCCAAUCUCGAUACUGCUCUUGACGAAAAACAAAUCAAGCUUGAUGAAAAAUAUGUGACAAAAUUUAAGAGAGAUGUCAAUCGUGAUGCAUACAGCAAAGCAAAGGGUUCUGUUACUGACUUGUACAAAGAUCAACGGCUGGUUGAACCAGAGUUCGAAGCAAAUCCCCGCAUUCGAGAAUUAUCUCAUUUCUUCAGUGGUGAAAUGGCACCGAAGAAAAAAGAAUAUCGAAAGGAAGUUGGAUUCAGUGUUUCAAAAGAGUUUGGCAGUGAAGGAAACUUGGUGGAUUUGAAACAAAUAUUGCAAAGCCUCAACCCAAACAAACAUCGGCACAUAGCUAUCGUUGGUCAGGCAGGAAGUGGUAAAACGACCUUUGUAGAACGGAUGGUUCGCGAUGUCGCUGAAAACAAUAAUCUAUGUGGCGAUCGUUCUUCUCUCGAUCAAACAGAAAGGCGCUACGAAAUCAUCUACUUCGUCUUCAUUCGAGACCUUCUUGAUUCUGAGUCAAUUAAUGCGAAAGAUUUACUGUUUGGAAACACCAUCACAGAUUUGAGUAAGGAAAGCCAACAAUAUGGAUAUGAGUGGAUCAUUGAAAAUCAGGAAAAGGUCAUUUUUUUCUUUGAUGGAUUGGAUCAGGCGACUUGGUCUCUUGGCGGUCAUCACCCCAAGAUAAAUCACAUGGAAAAGGCCAGUACAGCAACGGUGAUGUACAACGUUAUCACUGGUCAUCUUUUCCCAAGAGUUCAAAAAGUCAUGUCCUCCCGCGAGCAUUGCAUAGCUCCUCUCACUGGCGACCUUCGACCCCAGCUAAUCUACGCAUUAAUAGGUUUGAGCCCAGAUGACGUCAAGAGUUUAUUCAUCGCACUCCUUGGUGAUAUCGGUCAACAGCAAUGGGAUCGGGUGUGUUCAACCUCUCCUGCAAUUAUCCCGCUGUCUUCAGUUCCAGUAUUUUUAAUAUACAACGCCAUUGUUCAGAAGUUCAACCCGGAAAAUCCACCAGAUACCAUGACAGGAGUUAUGUUGGAGAUCCUUGAUAUUUUUCUGAAAUCCCCUCAUGUCAGAAAUAAGCAGGUUCUGCACAAGCUGAAAGAAAUGGCUUUUCGAGCAAUGAGCGAAGGACGUGUCGUUUUUACAAAAGACGAAUUAAAGAAGUUUGGAAUAGAUCCAGAUUCGAUUCAAGACUUGGUUAUCGAAGUUCCAGGCCGCACAAGGACGAGUCAUUGCUUGCUUGAAGGAACCCAACAAAUAUAUUUCUCGCACCAAGUAAUUGAAGAAAACUUUGCCGCCAUGUUCGUAUCAGAAAUGGGAGUGAGAGAAUUUGAAGAAUUCGUGAACGAGUUCAUUCAUCAAGAUCAUUGGUCGGUUGUGCGCAAAUUCUUGUGCGGAAUUCUUCUCAACCCGGCUUUGGCAAUAGAUUGGCCUCCACAAAUGCUUCAAAUUAAAGAUAAGGAAGCAAAAGAAGAAAUACUGAGACGUAGCAUGAAUGAACAACUGAAGGAAACAUACGAUUCAACCGCUUUGAUGGAAUUGUUCGGAGCUUUGUACGAGUCGAAUGACGAUGAAUUGAUUCAAUCCCACGUUCAUGAUAUCGAUUUCGAGAAAGCAACAAUCAACCCCAGUGGAAUGCUGGCAAUAUCCUCAGUUAUGCGUCGAAGUGGAAAUCUAAAUCUUCUGCGUUUCUCCAAAUGCAAUCUCACCACAGAGCUAUUUGAUAUCAUGAUGUCAAAUCUGAAGGAUUCUCAGCUCAAGGUCAAGAAGUUUGUCCUGGGCAACAGAUUCAAUGCUGAAUUAUUUGCUUCUGUUACAAAAUUCACGGAAUCUUACGUUGAUGAAAUGGUGUUGGAGGAUUGCAGCGGGAAGGAUGAAGUUGGAAUCAUCAGUAGAAGCGUUAUUUCUAAGAAAGUGCUUAUCAACAAGAUAGAUUUGUCGUUUAAAAUGUCAGAACAACUCAGCAUUGAAACUGGAAUCGUUUGUUCCAAGUAUAAUGUUGAAUGUCUGAAACUGUGGCAAGUUGACUUGAGAGAGAUUCAUCUUCGUAAUUUCUUGAAACAUGUUGGGAAUGGUAAAUUGAAGGAACUCGAUGUCAGCGACAAUUACAAUCUUGGUGUUGCUGGGAUGGCAGUCACAGGUAUUAUUGUGUCACAAUGUGAAGUAGAGAAGGUUGGAAUGCAAGGAUGCAAUCUGACAGCGGAAGCAAUGAAAGCAUUCAAAGAAAAUGUUCGGGAUGCAAAGGUACAAAUAUUUUAA